GCAGCCAUCACCCCCUCCCAAAAAAAACAGGGUGAAGUAGGACCAACAUCGGAUGCUGUCAUGCGAUUCUGGUGUGGACGCAUGACUGAUGGGGGGGUGCUGCUGCCGUACCAGCUGGAGCGAAUAGCUAUCGGGGCUUCAUACAUCCAGCGAGAAGAUCGAGGGGAAGGAACAGGCCAGCUGGCUUCCUCGAGCUCAGACGCUCAAAUAAGGAACCAUCCCAUCGCGCCCUCCAUCCAUCCAUCCUCCCCACACACAGCUCCUACUCAUCCAGACUGUUUGUGCGCCAGCAGAUUGACAAGUAUAACUUGAUCCAUCGACUUGCUUGACUUUCCUUCCUCCCCUUCCUCCCUCCCUCACGUCUCGUCACCUUAUAUAUUUUGCUUUGCCCACUGCAUCGUCUCCCGGUCAUCUAUCAUCUCAGCAGCCAUCCCCUUCCACACAACCUCGAUCUGAUUUCUGAUCGCACACGCGUUUGCUAUUCUGUUGCACUCUGUAGUAGUCUUCCUUGAAGGGUUUUUCUCAUCAACAUCAUCAAAGGAUUCAAAUUCAGUUUAUCGAGCUCAACUACCUUCCGUGGUUGAUCCAUUACACUCGCACACGCACACACACACACAAUCUAUCUACAAAUUUUCCUCUGUGGUUGUUACUUGCCUCCCUAUUCCUCAAACUAUUUCUGCCCUUGGUUUGACUUGAUAAAGAAAUGUCUUUAGCACUUGAAUCAUUAGUGGCCGAGGACCAGAUGUUGACGCCCACCCCGGGCUCGCCCCAUCCCUACUUGCCGAUCGACAACAGCCAUGAUCGGCUGAACUCUAUCCAGCUCAGUAGUGAUGCUAGUGGAGAGUUCUCCGUCUCCCAUUCACCUCGUUCCUUCUUUGGCCCGCCCGGCGAAGGUCUUGCCGAGUUACGCAACGCUCUCAACCCGCCCUGGUUACAUGGUGUUACUGGCUCCCCAAGCCUUAUUUCCAAUCACUCGGCCGAUCGGGCCGGAAGAUGGGUUGAAAAUGCACGCAGGCAUGCAGAACACCAUCAGCCCAUUAACUUUGCCAACCAUGCCAACCUAGCAUCGCUCUCCCUCGGACACCGAGUUUUUAAUCCGAAGGACGCCAGUCUUGCGUCUCCUCAACUUCGUCAAUCCGCCUAUGGGGGAAAGACGGAGCGGGUCACCAACGCAACGCUCGAUGCGGCCUUUGUUGGCAAUAAGCACAAGGGAUCCCCGUUCGACCAGCCCACGUAUUUGAACAAGCGUGGGGGUGGCGGUGGGCAGGACCAUCGCGGAACCAACGCAUUGGCCAACCGUCCGGCUCCGAUGCUCAAGUCGCACGACGGCCACUCUGGCGAUGGAAGUAGCGAGGAAGAGGAGUCUUGGCCGAUGCCGGAGACCCCGUUUAUGUCUCACGACGUUUGGACCGAAGAUCCUCACCGCAACGAGCUUUCGAAGACCAACCAACUUUCUGCUUCUCAAGAUAUUCACAAGGCCUUUCCCGGCCAUCAUCAACGAAAGCAGACAGGUACUCGUGCCGUCAACCUCACCGGAAAGAACUCUGCUAAGGAGGGCGAACGUCGUAUCGGUCGCUGUAAGAUGUACAACUGUGAUAAGGGUGUUGGCUUCUUGAUUGACGACCGCCUUGAUCAAGUCCCACAAGAUGUUAAGAUUCACUGGACUGAUAUCUUUUCUGACCAGGAAUUCAAAUCACUUGCCAAGGGAGAAAUCGUCGAAUACACCCUCAACAUCACCGCCAAUGGAUACUCCGCCUCGUACGUCACGGGUCCGGGAGGCCGACCUGUGAUGGGUGCCGAGCAGGCCAUCGUCCAAGCUAGUCGACAAACCAGUUACAAGUUGUUCAAAGCGGGUGCUCUACCCGUCAAGACUUACCGAUCCAAAUGGGAAAGUCUGAUUUCCUCUGGAGAAGGUGAAAGCUCGCCUGGGCAACCAGCCAAUCAAGGCUCCAAUCCUACUCGUGUUACUGCGACCCCGCGGAACGCUCCGAAUGCGAGUGACUCGAAGAACGCCCCAGCCAGUGCUCCCGCCUUACCAGGAAUGCGCUACCCCAACCAGAACAGCAAGGCCGGUAAAUUCAAUGCCGAGCAACUCAAGGGCUCGGUCACUGAGCCACGAGGACCUGAGAAGCACGAGAGCCAGAACCGCAACCAGGAGCACCAAUACUUUAACAAUGCCCAGGCUCAGUUCAGCGGCGGCCUUGGGUCUGCCGGGCAGUUCAACACUCCAGGCUGGGGCAAUAUGCGAUCGCCAUUAAACUACCUGCAGAGUGCCAACUCUUUGGUCUCUGGCUUUGCUGGCGCUCACACCCCACUUCCUGCGCUAUCACACUCCGGCAUGACUCCACACUCGGCUGACUCUUAUAACCCUCUCUUUCCGAGCGCCUUCAACACCCACCAUACCUCGUCUGUCCGCUCUCCCGGAGUGGCCCUCGCCACUCCCGCUGACGCUUCCCACCCUUACUUGGCCAACCAAGGAUUACCUUCCUCUCAACGCGGGAUGAGUCAACCAGACUUCCAAAGCUUCUUGGCGGAGAGACAGAUGCUUCUCCAACAACAAGCUCUCCUCAUGAGCAUGUACCAGAACGCCAACCAGCCUAUUCCGGCCUCGGCCAUCCAGGCUUUCAACCAGCUCAGCUUCAUGAACCCUUUGGGGGGCAAGUCUGGACUCGGUAAGCUCGGCGAGCAGUCGUACUACGACGGUCAAGCCGGUGCGGUUGAUUCGAAACUCCAGUUCUCUGGACUACUUCCGCCGAUCACUCUCCCCAAUAGCAAGGAUGGUCACAAGGCCAAUGAGAUUCUUCAAAACCGUGGCCAAGCUCCGUGGCGGGCGUCCGAUUUGACCGCCAUGAAGCGCGACUCCUCAGGAAGCUUGAGGGCCAAUGCACUCUCCUUCACGCCAGCCGGCUCGAGCUCACCUCACCAUGUCUUUGGUGAUGGCAAAGCUCAGGACAGGAAGGGCGAGAGCCCAGUGUACCAGAUCCCUGGACGCAGAUCAGUUUCUGACCCUGCAGGCCCACCGGGAGGGAAGAAGAUGCACGCGUCAGGCCACCUUCAGAGGAACUCUGCUAGCCCUCAGCUGCCUCGACAUGGCUCCGACCGUUCAGGACAGCCCAAGCGGGUGACGUUUGCCGAGCAUAGCACGCCCUCCCGUCGGGUAGUCUCGCAUGGAGAGCAGGUUGGCACUCCGCUAAUGAUGCGUGCACUCGAAGAAGAAGCCAGCGAGGCAGGCGAGGAUAGUCUCGAGGUCUCCGGCGAAUCCACUUACAUCUCCACUCAGCUUUACAAUGCUGAGGAUGCCCGUCGGGCCGAGGACUUCUCGAGUGUCGACCUCGCCCUCGAACGUCUCCGUGUUGCUGCCGCUCCCAGAAGUCUCUCCCUCGCCAAACCCACUGCGCCCUCCUCGGGUCAAGAGAAGACUCUCAAAUCGGUCGUCAAGGGCUCUGAGGCCGACCUUACCGAUAGCUCCUUACAGCCUAAACUCUCCUUGAUGAUCCAAGAAACCGUCUCCCCCGCCAUCAAUAACUACCAGAUUGAAGCGUAAAGAAACUGGGUCCUUUCGAUCUCUCUUGUUCUCUUCUUGAGAUGGAUUUCUCGCCCCGAGCUCACAUUUUACUCUAUUGUCUAUCCCUAGUUCUCUUAUCAUUAUCAUUAUUAGUAUUCGAUCACUAAAACGUCUUAUCUUUCCGAGAGAAGAACUGUUUUCUUUUGUAUAACUCUGAUCUCCCCUCAUCCCGAGCCCGCGCCCUCUUCUCUACUUCUCAGAUUUGGACUAUUCUUUUCCUUUUUUUCCCCUUUCUAUCUUCAUCAUGAUACGAAAUUCGCUCGCAAUUGUUUAUCUUCUGAAAAAACAUUAAAAAACAAUUUAUUAAAAAAAAACUACUGGCUUACUACUCACAGACAUUACUUUCUUCUCCUUACAAUAGUGUCUAUUUUUCUCCAUACUGUUCUCCUGAAAUCCCCACUUCUUCAUAUAUUGUAUUUUUUCCUGUCUCUUUUUUUCACUUUCUCUCAUCCCCUAUCAUAUUUUGUUUGAUUUGUGGAGGAUUGUUUCUCAGAUUAUUCUGACAAUCAUUAGGAUUGAUUGAUUUGUGGAUGAACAAGAAAAACAGAAAACUGUGUUUUUUUUUUCUUGCU